GAUGCAGCAGUCAAGAAGUCCCCAGCCAUGCUCUGUAUUCAGCUGGCAGCGAUCAGGAAGCUAUCUCUCGGAUAUCUGCUCUUCACUCUCCUCCCUCUGUCUGCUGACAAUGUGGCUGUGUCACGGAUCAAAUACUCUCACGCUGGCAUCUGUCCUAAUGAAAUGAGCCCCAGCUUGUGGGUGGACGCUCAGAGCACCUGUCUCCGUGAGUGUGAGACCGACCAGGACUGUGAAACGUUUGAAAAAUGUUGCCCAAAUGUGUGUGGGACGAAGAGCUGUGUUGCUGCCAGGUACAUGGCUGUUAAAGGGAGGAAGGGCCCAGUUGGAAUGCCAAGGGGAGCCACUUGUGACCACUUCAUGUGUGUCCAGCAGGGCUCUGAGUGUGACAUCUGGGAUGGGCAGCCUGUGUGCAAAUGCAAGGACAGGUGUGAGAAGGAGCCACACUUUACCUGUGCCUCUGAUGGGUUAACGUAUUACAACAAAUGUUACAUGGAUGCUGAGGCAUGCACCAAAGGUAUCACACUGACAGUGGUCACCUGUACCCACCAGGUCGCAUGGCCACAAACUAGCCCCAUGACAGUGCAGACCACUGCCCGCCCCACCACAGCCGACUUGCUCACCACCUCCCAGGAUGUGGUGCCACCAACUUUGCUCUCCAACCCCGUCCACCAGUCCACAUAUGUGGGGGGCACAGUCAGCUUCCUCUGCAAUGUCAGUGGCAGGCCGAGGCCUGAGGUCACAUGGGAGAAGGAGCUGGAUGGGAGGGAGAAUAUCAUCAUGAGGCCCAACCACGUCAAUGGCAACGUGGUGGUCACCAACAUCGGCCAGCUGGUCAUUUACAAUGCUCAGCUUCAAGACUCUGGCAUCUACACGUGCACAGCCCGCAACGCCGGCGGCUUCCUGAGAGCCAAUGUCCCGCUCUCUGUGAUCAAACGGGAAGACCUGAUGAGGCAGAACUCUGCCAAUACAACUGAGAUCCCAGCCACCGAGUGUCUGAAACAACCUGACCGAGGCAGCUGCGGAGAGCAUCAGAUCAGAUGGUAUUACGACCUGAAGAAAAACAACUGCUUCACCUUCAACUACGGACGCUGCGAUGGGAACAUGAACCACUUUGAGACCUACGAGGCUUGUAUGUCAACAUGCAUGAAUGAGCCAGUCAACAUCUGCAAUCUGCCUGCUCUCCAGGGUCCCUGUAAGGUCUGGGAACCCCGAUGGGCCUAUAACAGCCUGAUGAAGCAGUGCCAAUCCUUCAUCUAUGGAGGCUGUGGUGGAAAUGAGAACAAUUUCGAAAGCAGGGAGACCUGUGAGGAAAUCUGUCCAUAUCCCAGGACCCAGCAGUGUAAGGUCUGUAAGCCACGCUUCAAGAUAGUGACCAGUUAUUGCAAAAGUGACUAUGUGAUAGUAGGCCACAUGACCGAACUGACAGAAGAUGCAGACUCUGGGCGAGCGCUGUUCACUGUAGACAGAGUCCUGAAGGAUGAGAAGAUGGGGCUUCAGUUCUUUGGCAGUGAGGUCCUGGAGAUCACACUCUUAAACAUGGACUGGAACUGUCCCUGUCCCAACAUGACCAUGGAAGAUGGUCCUCUGAUUGUCAUGGGAGAUGUCUACAAUGGCAUGGCUGUUCUCCAGCCCCAUAGUUUUGUGAGGACUGUCAAUGAGAAACGAAUCAAGAAGCUGUCUGAGGUCAAGGAUAAGAAAACCUGUGAUCUCUUAAGAGAACUGACUGGACUCCAAUAGGCUGCUAUUGGUCAGUAUAUUUGCAGAGGUCCUUACAAGAAAAAUGAUUUACAGAAAGCUUUUUGGAAAAAUCUCACUUUUGACAAACUAAUUAAAUGAGCACUUAAUGUCUUAGAAUUGUAACAGCUUACAACAUGUUUCAGUAGAUCUUUGAUGAUUGAGAAGAUCAUUUCCUACAGAUGGGCCUUGGUAAUAACACAAUGAACUCCCAAUGGUGUUAGGACUGUAGCAAUUUAUUGUUCGAUGUGUUUAAGGGUCUGUGAAUUCUGCUGGAUUUCCCCAGUACUCUGGACAUAAUGAAGGCAGGUGUUUGUUUUCUUUUUGUUGUCUCUUAGUCACCUCUCGGUCACCACAGGGUCUACAUCAGGAAAUCACAAACCCUAAUGUGUCUGAUAUUUCUGAUGCACUGGGUGUUUCGGCUCCACUGAAACCUCAGACAUUCACAGCCUGAUUGAGAACCUGCUUCUUGGCAGCAUCUCACCCAAGAGGCUGGGUCUGGGAUUGGCUCCUCCUGACACAACGACCACCUCAACUUUCCACUAACUGGGUAUCAUGGACUGACCUGGCCAAGUACACCCCACUUAAUGCCACUCUGUGCAAUCUGUACUAGAACAGAACAUUGCAUUCACCAGGCCCAGUGUAAGGACAAGAGUUGGCAGACAAGACCAGUUAAAGAUGACCAGGAGAGACCAAGAGACAGCAACCAAUGGCAGACACCUUCCACCAGUUAACGCCGGGGUUUUGCCAGUCAAGUUGGCUCGUUCUGCCUGGGAGCGCUGCUUGGAAAGUUGUGUAAAGCACAUGGAUUCAUUGAAAAGAUCACACAGGGCAGGGUAUUGGUACUGCGAACAAUUCAGCAAGGGCCAGAUACUGGAGGCAGCACUAGUCAUCCUGUAAACUAGCACAAGAGGAGGGAGACAUAUUCCAUCUCCAACCCCGUGCUGCCCCUGUCCUGGGAGUGUUUGAUGGGAACAAUGUAGAGAGAUCUUUACUCUGUAUCUAACCCCGUGCUGUCCCUGUCCUGGGAGUGUUUGAUGGAAACAAUGUAGAGGGAGCUUUACUCUGUAUCUAGCCCCGUGCUGUCCCUGUCCUGGGAGUGUUUGAUGGGAACAAUAUAGAGGAAGCUUUACUCUGUAUCUAACCCCGUGCUGUCCCUGUCCUGGGAGUAUUUGAUGGGGAUGGGUGGAAUGAAUGAAGAGCACAGACAAUUGAAUCAGCCCAUCACUCCACCCAAUAGUGUGAGCUCACUCUUGAUGUUCUAAAGUUUAUAAGAAUUGAAAGAGUGGGAUUGAGCUGCCAAAAUCGUUAUGUGGGAACAGUCAUAUUUUGUAAAUAGUUUUACAAUCGAUUCAAAUAAGGAAGAAAUAGUUUGUAGAAUGUUGUUGAUUUUAUGUGAAUGAAUUUACAAUGACUGUGUAAAUACUAUUUAUUUGUGUUGGGAUCUAGUGCCCAUCUUUCUGAUUAUUCAAACUUAAUAAAAUAUUGAUGAUUUUGCCUCA